UAUAUCAUAAAAUAUAAGAAACUUGUCUCUCAUUUCCACGCUUCUUGUCUCUCUCACGUAGAAAACGGAAAACGAGGAAUUGUUUGUUUCAACCAAAAUGACAUCACACUAUUUGAUGCACCAUCGCCAUUAACGUCAAAUAAACCUUCGAAGAUCUAAACCUUCGAAGAUCCAAACCUUCCACUUUGUACUACCAAACUAUAACUAAUCAAAGAAUGGGAAAAAUAGCAAGCAAAGAAUGGACGCGGAUCUACCUCAUCUACGGAAUGGAUCAGUGGCAAACCUUCGUCUUCCUUCUCUGCCAAGCCGUUCUCUUCUCGAUUCUCUCACUACUCUACCUUCACUACUUCAACCAAAUCUCCAGCCUUUUUGAGAACCUUCUCUCCAUCGCCGCUGUACACCGCAGCGCCGCCCGCUUCACGGCAGGGUUCACCGGCUCCGUCACGGCGCUCUCUGCCCUCUGCCUCUUCUACGCGGCGGCGAACUUUUUCUACUCCGCAGUGCCUCUCCAUUCUGAGAUGGCGCAGCGCAUGGUGGACACCGUCAACGAGUGGUCCACGGUGCGCUUAGCGCUUGACCUUGGCUGCUGCGGCCGCGGCAUUUUGCUGAAUUCAUUAGCCGCCCGCCUUAAAAAGGAAGGAGGUUCGGGUCGGGUGAUUGGAUUCAGCGGUCCGAAUAAGACUAGGUUAGCGGCGACGCUUCGGGCCGCUAAGGUAGAGGGAGUGGAGAAGUAUGUGACAUGCCGCACAGGCGACCCGACCAAACUGCCGUUCUUGGACGGCAGCUUCCACGUUGUGGUGUCCGGGACGUUUUUGCACACGGUGGGGAGGGGGCUCAGGGCGGAGGUGGCUGCGGCGGAGAGGGGAAGGGCGAUGGCGGAGGUGGUGAGGGUGUUGAAGGAGGGCGGCGUUGGGGUGGUGUGGGACCUUGUGCACGUGCCGGAGUACGUGCGGCGGUUGCAAGACAUGAAAAUGGAAGACAUAAGAGUGAGCGAGCGCGUGACUGCGUUCAUGGUUAGCAGCCACGUCGUGUCGUUCCGAAAGCCCACUCAACACGUGCAUGGCCCACCUGAGGUUAGGUUGGAUUGGAGAUUCUGCUGACGUGGAUUUUCUCACAAACACACUACUGUCUAUGGAGAGUGAUGUCCUAUAUACAAACAGAACAAAACCAUUUUGUAUUUUUGUCUCAGUUUUUCCUUUUUUAUUUUCACAAUAAU